UUGUAUGAACGAGAAAUGGCGGGAAGCAUACGUAAUUAUAUUUUGUCGUCUGCUGACAGGAGUGACACAAACAACCAUAAUUCCGAUACACUCACAUCGAACUAUGAAUCAAUUGGCGGGGUACUACUCUUUUUAUCUUUGGUUGCUCUAUUAGCAUUGUGUUUGGACACACCCGUCCAGCCCCAAGGGAAUCCAAUCCCAAACUGGGUUAUGUCUAUAGUCCCGGAUCCGGCCUUAGAUGUCGGAUUUACCGGAACCUCGGACGGAAUUAACGCAAUAAACCACAAUUGUGUCCACAGACACAGGCGAGGCGCAUUUGAAACUGACGGAGCUAAAUGGGGUGCACCACUAGCAAAGGGUAAACACGUAUUCGAAAUAUAUUGGCCGAGUCGCCUCCGAGGAACAAGUGCUACCGUCGGCGUCGGUAGCGAUGAUGCUCCAUUGUUUGUCAAACCAAAAGACUCCCUGGUCGGCUGCAAUAGUUUCUCGUGGGGUUUAGACAUUGCCAGGAAACGCCUAUUGCACAAGGGUGAAAUGCUUGGCACCAUGCCAAGAGGCGGAGUUGUUCCAGAUAA